AUGUCGCUACGUAAAAUUACCGUAUUUUUGCUGUUUAAUUUUGUUGCUAAAGUUCUAUGCGAUGGGUGUCGUCUGGAUGGAACGCUGCUGGGUACCUACAAGAAACCCUCAAAACCCAUCAUGGUCCCCUCGUUGGACGCCACAUUUCCACGACCACUACUUUACGAAACGCUGACGAUCGGCGAAACUUCCAUAUCGGAUUUUGGGGAAUGCUACGAGAAGCUCCACGAUUCUUAUAUUUUCGGCCAAAAACGUAUGGGCCGUCCGCUUUGCUAUCGUUGCGUGACGCCGAUCAUUCGAACACGCAAUGUUAUUCAGCUGGCUCAUCAGGAUGGCGAUUACUGCCAUCAGAGCAUCGAAGAAGCCAGGAAAACAUGUUUUGAUUCUCACUCCAUACGACCAUUGGAGGGAACUUUCAUUUUUCGAAGUACGAACCGUGACUAUGUGAGUUGCGAGCUGGAGGGUCGAUUCGCCGUCUCUUACCACUUGAGGAACACGAAUUUGACAUGUGAAGGGCACAGCACUGACACUACGGCUGAAAACUGUCAAGUCGCCUCACGUUUGGACAUCAAAUUCCGCGGGUGUACUUUCCCGGAUUUUGACAUGUCAAUGCAAUGCCUCGGGACGUGGAAUGGACCCAGCGGGGAGCGGUAUUUGAUUUUUGAGAAUGAGGAAAAUGAGGAAUUUCGAUGCGGGCUAGUCCACCCGGCUGCCGACCAUAUUACGGUCCAUUUGAGCAACGACUCCUCUUGUGCCCAUCUCAACCGCCAUAAUGCCUACGAGACGUUCCGCUUUAAGCCGACCUCUCUAUCCAAACCUCUCUCCCCGUGCGAAUUCCCUGCCUGGCUACGAGGACAGUACACUACUGUUGACGUUUCCGCAGAACAGCUACAGUAUCAUCAGGGCUCCUCCGACUCCAUUCCCAUCGUUUCCUAUUGCGUCAAUUCUCAGCAUGGCGAGCGGAUUCUCGUGUAUUCGGAAUCGAAAUGCGGCGAACCCCUUGGUUAUCAUUGUCUCUGGUUCCGAAUGAGAAGUGAUUCCGUACUGGAAUUUCGGACGACAGCCGCUCAGGAGACACUCAAUAAUAGUUUAUGCCAGGACGAGAAGCUGUUCGCGAGUGUUCCAUGGACUUCCGUUUCUGUGAAGAGACCGACUCCUGUGGCUUGUGGAUUGGAGGGUCUCUACCGUACCCCGAAAGAGCUCCAAACCGACGAUUGCUACGCAUUGGAAGUGGAUUGUAGCGGAAAAAGGGACAAUCUACGGUUGAAGGCCUAUCAUUGUGCUAGCGGGACGGUUUUUGAUGCCCGUUCGUAUCAAUGCCUGGGCAGUUGGUUCGACGGUCCAUUUAUGUAUUUGUACGCCAGGCGGAUCGGGGAGGAUAUUCAUGCUUGUUUUGUGACCCAAAAGCAUUCAAAUCGCCUAUUCAUCGCCUCAUCGGGGGCACACUGCAGUCGAGACUUCAGCUUUGAGAACAAUAUGAAUACGACGCUGGUGUUGGGACAGGAAGCAAACUGCACAUCGGCCCCAACCUCUCGUCCUCCCUCUUCUCUUUCUCCUCAGAAUACCCUCCCCGGCCAUGAUGGUCCUCACCGGAAGCCCAUGUCCAAGCUCAGCCCAGCCCAUGUCGAUUUACAACCGAAUCUUGGGCACGGAGGAGGAGGGAUGAUGGCUGGGGUACCCACCUUCCGAGGGACACCAAAUAACGUGCAACCGAUACCGGACGAAGAUGGAGACGGGGGAGGAGCAGGAAGUGCAAGAGCUGGCGGAGCAGGAGAUGAAGAAGAGCCUCAACAACAGCCCGUACCAAAUCAACAGGACCCAUCCCUGUCCGGAUUCUUCUCGUCGUCUGCCCCUUCUCUCCCUAUCUUGAUCUUUUCUCUAUUUCUCUGCCUUCUCUGCGUCUCUUCCCUCUUA